AUGUUAAAAAUUCACUCGAGGGAUUACUACCACCGAACCCUAUCAUCAUCCACUUUACUGAACAUUUUUAAAUUAUCAUCAUCCCCGUCGUCAUUAUCAUCAAGAAUUUCGGUCCGCAACAUUUCGAUCAUCACGACUCUGCUGCUACUACUUGUUUCUUCAUAUGUGGUGGUGGUGGUCGUGGAAUCAGCCAUCAUACCCAUGAUCAUUGGACAAAUGACCUACACGCUCAAUACAUCCGAAACGUAUACCAUCCGAGAAUUAGAGAGUCAAUAUUCGGGAUUGGAUACUUAUAGCGUUUUAUACAACAUUCCACUGAUAUAUCAAAGAAAAAUUGAUUCUUCUCUUGUUUCAAUUCCUUCAAUUAUUGCUCUCUUUUCAAACACAAGCAAGGCUUAUCUUGUUUCCGAUCCAUAUAACUUUCCAUUGGGUAUUUCAAAUGUUGCAACUAUAUCUGGGAUGCUUCCCUCAUUGUUUAAUGAGAGUGUGUUUGGUCGAGAGUUCUACAUUCGGAAAUUAUUGGAUUGGCAAGGAGUUGAUCCAUCAGUCACUCCACAAUGUAAUUAUUUAGCAAAUUAUGAGAAAUCUAAUUCAGACGCAGAAUAUUCAAAAGAUUUGUUUUAUUGUGACAAUUCUGCAUUGUCUUCACGUCAUGUGUUUAUUUUGUCUUCAAGUUCUGGAUAUAUUCAAUCCAAGCACGACAAUACAUGCUUACAGUACAGUGCCAAGAUAGAUGCUAAGACCAACCAAUAUAUUGUAUUUCAGUUCCUUCCAUGUGUGCAAACAUCGAAUCAAUUAUUUGGAUAUACUGGUCAGUACAUCUCUGUGAAUCAGUUUGACAAAGUUUUGUUUGUGGCAGAUCGGAUGCCUACUGUCACACGGAUUGUGACGCCCCCUGGAUCGAUGGAUGUUGGACCAUUCACAGAGUUAAAUGCCUAUGGACGUAAUCUUCAAUAUCCUUACAGAGUUUAUCAGUUUUAUUUUGAGCCAACGUAUGGGUUUAACAAGACAGUCACCAUCGAUGAAAACGGGCCUUACUUCUAUCCUCCGCUCUCUCUUUCCAAUGAUAGCAAUGUAUAUUAUUCUAAUAUGAUGACAUUCAUCAACACAAAUAUAGGAACCGUGCUACAAACUAAUGUUGUGAAUAGGCUCUAUGUUGGAUACCAAAGACAGAAAAGAUCACCAUUUCCAAUCCCACCAGAUUCAUUAUUGUACACGUAUAUUUUUCUUCCAAUUGCCGUUUUUAUUGGAGGUUUUGUAACCAUGUUCCUUUGCGUCAUGUCCUGUUGGAUAUUUGUUUACAUUAAGAAAAAUUAUUGUAAGCCAUAA